AUGUCGACCCUCCAUCCAAACGCAGAGAAACUCAUCACGAGAGCACAGGAAUUCUUCGCCGAAGUGGCUGAUCUAACACCAGGCAAGAACCUCGAAACCCACCUAAACACCAACUACGGCCCCGGAAACCCCUUCUACGAAGACUUCUGCCGCCUAAUCCGCACCGGCAUCGCCAACAACGAAGACUGGAUCGCGACCGACGAGCUGGACGGCCCCAAAUACCGGCGGAGCAGGCUGUGCUCGCCCUCGGAGCGCACGCGCUAUUUCAGCAUCACGACCGUGUAUAUGGACAGUGAGGACGAGUAUCGCGGGCAGUACCAUCUGCAUCCGUAUGGGGAGAUUAAUUGCGUGGUGCAGAUUGAUGACUCUGCCGAGUUGAAGGGGAUGAAUGGGUGGAUGGGGGCUGGGUGGACGUCGCCUGCUGCCGGGACGCAUCAUUAUCCGGAGGUCAGAGGGGGUGCCCUGGUGGCCUUGUUCUUUUUGCCGGCUGGCAGGAUUUCGUAUAAGGCGAGUCCGGGGAUGGAGCAGCCGGUUUAUGUUUAA